GCCGGCGUGCGCUGCCCUGCUGCCCUGCACGCCGGUGGCACCAACCCGUUCCCAAAAGCAGGCCUGCUCCCCGGCGAAGGUAACCUCCCUGCACCCUGCCACAACCUCCGAAGGUGGCAAGGCCUUGGACAGCCACCAUUCAGCCACCUGCCUCGCCCAGGGACAGCACAGGACUGAAGGGAAGGGAAGCAGCUUGGUGCGGUGUCUGUGGGUAAUGCCCAGUGCAUCUGGUACCACCGAGGGUGGCAGCCAUGGCCCACACCUGGGCGGGAGGGGUCCAGGUGCUGGGGUGGGACCAGGGUGGCACUUACACAAUGUAAUUCUGGCUCUCCUCAUUAGUUGUAACUUCACAAAUCUAUACUGCUUUUUUCUGGCAAAAUAUAUAUGUAACUUAUGCAGCCAACUAAAAACGGCCUCCUUAAACGAGUAGCCACGUUUCGGGCAGCAGCCCUUUUGUUCAACUGUUUGCUGACACCUGUGUGUGGGCCGGUAGUGCCUCUGCCCGGCUCCGGGGACAGAAUGCUGGGCGCGUAGCCUACGCCCGGAGAAGAAAGGCAGGCUCAUCGCGGGAGGCGGCCGCCGUUGCGGUCCCGUCUCGGUGGGACCUCCGCGGGCGGCGGCAGCGGAGCGGAACCCCCGUCGCGGGUUGCAGCGCCGGCGGAAGCGGGCGGGCAGUGCACCGGACGGAGCGGCGGGGCCAACCGGGCUCUACCGGCGUUUGCUGCUGAGGCGGCGGCGGCAUGACGGAGAGGCGGCAGCGAGCCCGCGUGCAGGGCGGCUGGGCCGGCGCCCCGGCGGGACGGCCCGCAAGCAAGGCCCAGCUCGCAGCACCUAAGGCACCUGUGGCCAGCAACCUUGCCCCUGCAGGCGCCAGACCAACAUGGAUGAGGAAAGCUCAGCCUCACACUCAAAAGCAAUUUGUCUUUGAAAAGCCAUCAGAGGUGGAGCGCACAGUUCCUGAGGCAGGUGUGAUAGACAAGCCUGGUGUGUAUGAGCUCAGCAAAGUACCAACUGGUGUUUCUAGGAUUCAUUUGAUUCCUGGCUUUAUAGACUCAGAACAAGCAGACUGGAUGUUUGAACAACUCCUCCAAGACAUACCCUGGGGUCAGAGAACUCACAUCAGACAGGAAGUAUCUUUUGAGGAACCAAGGCUUACCUCCUGGUAUGGGGAACUUCCUUACACAUACUCCAGGAUAACAAUGCAGCCAAACCCAAAUUGGCAUCCUCUGCUGACCAUGCUAAAGGAGCGCAUCGAAGAGUUCACUGGCUAUACUUUCAACUCUCUUCUCUGCAACCUCUACCGAAAUGAGAAAGAUAGCGUAGACUGGCACAGUGAUGAUGAACCAUCACUGGGAAAAAAUCCUGUCAUUGCCUCGCUCAGCUUUGGUGCUACCCGGAUCUUUGAGAUGAGGAAGAAACCCUCCCCUGAAGAGAAUGGAGACUAUACUUACGUAGAAAGACUAAGAAUCCCGCUUGAUCAUGGGACUCUGCUGAUGAUGGAAGGAGCUACUCAGGAGGAUUGGCAGCAUCGAGUACCUAAGGAAUAUCAUUCUAGAGAUGCACGGAUAAACUUGACCUUUAGGAUCAUUUAUCCAGAACCUGAUGGAGCUUGGAAGUGAAGAGGCACUUUGGGCAUUGUUGGAUGUAAACCCACAGCAGAUCCAGAGCCUCAGAUUGCUGCAGACUUAAAGGAAGCCUUACAGGAACAGAGUGCUGUGAAAUAUCUGAUGGGGAAAAGAAUCAAUGUUAUGAAGCUCUUUGACAAUCACAAGCUGCCUGUGUUCUGUGGACAGUGCUGUUUUGUUUUCAGAAAUGAUAUGCUAUUAGAUGAUACUAAAUUACAGGCUUUAAGUUUGUGGAAAAAAAAAAAAUUAUCGUUCUUAAAAGACCACAAAGCACGUGAAAGAUCUGAGAGGUACCGACGGGAGCAGAAAGAUUCAGUGAGCAGUUAUUUUUGCACAUUCUAUUGUCUGCCCUUUCCCCCCCAAGUAGUGAUCUGUGUUCUAAGUAACAAGACAGGAUUCUUUUAUGUAAAGCCAGCUGUAUGUGUGCUGUGUGUACAGAAAUGAGAGAGCUGCGCUUCAUGAUGAUCUCUGAGUAUUACUUCACCAAGGGGUCGCACAUCACUUUUUAUUUGUAGGUUGCAGUGUCUUUUCCAAUGAAGCAAUCAGUUUCAUUAUUUGUAUAACUACUUGAAUUAUACUAGCAUCUAGUAGAACAGAGGGUCAAGGCUCCCUUUUCCUAUGCACUCUGUGGUCAGACUUUAUCCUGAGUGUUUAUCCGUGUAGACAAGACAGACAACGGCAAGCAAGAGAGACACCUUAGCCACGAGCCUUAUCAGCCAGGUCGAAGCUGCCCAUUGCUUGAGUAUUAACAGUUCUCCAUCCCUGCUGGCUUAAAUCUAUUACCUCUGUGUCAUAGGCAGGAAAAUAGACACAAAGAGAUGAAAAACAUUACUUUCAGAAUUUGCUAAUAAAUUCUUAGUUUCUUUUUAGCACAACUAAGUGGUGGCUUCCAGUGAUUUCAGGUGGGACAGGAAAUGUCAGCAUCUCUAAAAAUCAGGCUUGUGCUGCCAAAUUUGAUACCCAGAAUAACUGGUCCAAAGAUGUUGACUCAAAAUAUUAUAAUCACAAUGUAAGUCAGUUGCAAAGCUACACUAAGUAGAAUGUGUUAGCACCAGGUGCAGCGCUCACUCUGGUGCUACAGCUCCUAGGUCAAUGCAUAUUGCAUUAAAGAAUAUUACUUGGAGAGUUAUCUCUUGAACCUCUGAUGUUCCAGAGAAGCAGUCAGCAGCUCAGACCCGAUUCUAGGACUUGCUGCAAUUCUUCCAGUUUGCCUGCCCUAGGUAUGUCUCACCUGUUGGUAGGAACCAGUGAGGCAACGACUGCUGUCUGGGUGUUGUCAGGUAUGCUGCCUACGUGGUUAAGUUCUCACUACAGCUAAAUGGCAUCCACUGUAUUGGAUCAAAAUACAGGUUUGGUAUGUCUUCGCUUUCUGCCUGAAGUAGGAUCUAAGCAUGAGUAAAUGCUCUAUGCCUUGUAACACGUUAACGUUGUUAAGCAAACUAGCGUUCCUCUUCAGUGCAAGAAUAAGUUGGUGUUACCGUUUCUUAGCCAGCAUUUACUGUAGUUUAAAAUUCUUAUGUGAUGAGAGCAGUCAAGUUAUUAAUACUCAAUUAUGCCUAUGUUUUAAUGUUAUUGAUGACCUAAAGGACAGACUGUUGAGCCAUUUCAAUCCCUGUGCUCUGAAAUUGGGCAGAAUAAUUUUCUUUGUAUAUCAGGCAACUCUAGAAGCAGCUUCUCUACCUAAAGCACCAUACAUGAAUGCAUGCUAUAAAUGCAUUCAUACAUGAAUGAAUGCUAUUAGAAAACUUACUUUGUUAUGUAAUACUAUCUUCACUUUCAUCCCAGUUUGUAUAAAAAUACAUUUUUGGAGUA